CUCCGCUGUCCCUGAAGUGGCCCAGGUGCCGUCGGCAAUUCAGAGAGUCUCUUCAUCUGAAUUUCACAUCUCUAUGGCAGCUAGGUCAGGGAUUCUGUGGGGGAGGCUGAACUAUGACAGACGUGAUGGAGAUGAGAAAUAGAGGAUGAUUUCAUCUUGAUAGGGGAGCCAAUAAACCUUAGUCUGACCUUGAGGGGAAUCUUAGAGCUGUCACCAGAACUUCUGAGGAAUGAAAAUGAAUCAUAGUGCUUCUGAGACAGGAGACGUCCACCACAAGGUCGAAAUCCUGGACUGGAAAACAAAAGAACAGCUCUGUUUUCUGGACAAGGUGGAACCUCACUCGAGCAUUGCUGAAAUUAAGAGUUUGUUUCAUAAGUCGUAUCCUAAAUGGCAUCCUGCUAGACAGUCCCUGAGAUUAGAGCCCAAGGGAAAAGCACUGAGCGAUGAUGACAUACUACAGAAUCUGCCUGUCGGGACCUCAGCAAGCUUAUAUUUUAAAGAUCUUGGCCCACAGCUUGGCUGGACAAUGGUUUUUCUGGUGGAGUACAUGGGUCCUCUACUGAUUUAUCUUCUUUUUUACCUUCGUGUCCCCUACAUCUACAGCAAGAAAUAUACUUUCACCUCCAGCACUCAUCAUGUGGUCAGCUUGGCUUGUGUUUGUCACUCAUUCCAUUACAUCAAAAGACUUAUUGAAACUAUUUUUGUGCACCGGUUUUCUCAUGGCACGAUGCCUCUCAGAACUACUGUAAAGAACUGUGCGUAUUACUGGGGUUUUGCGGCAUGGUUAGCAUAUUACAUCAACCAUCCUCUCUACACACCACCAUCUUAUGGACAGAAACAGAUCAACUAUGCACUAAUUAUCUUUGUGUUAUGCGAGGCUGGCAAUUUUUCUAUCCAUUGGUCACUGAACAGUUUAAAAUGUGAAGGUUCCAAAUGUCGGAGGUUCCCACGCCCAUCUAAAAACCCCUUCACUUGGUUAUUUUUCUUUGUAUCCUGUCCGAACUACACAUAUGAGGUAGGAGCUUGGGUGGGCCUGUCGAUCAUGACCCAGUGUGUUCCAGUGGCUCUCUUCACUCUGGUGGGCUUCGCACAAAUGACGAUCUGGGCCAGAGGAAAACACAAAGCCUACAUCAGAGAGUUCAAAGACUAUCCAAACCUCCGCAUGCCCAUCUUACCUUUAGUCCUCUGACCAAGUUGAUCAGAGCAUAGCUGAGAUCAAAAUAUCCAGAGAUAUGAUAAUCCUGAAUAACGGUGACAGAGGUGAACAGCUGCAUUUAAAUGAAGCUGUGUAUUGUUUACAAUGGUCUGUAACUGGGGAUUUUAUAUAAGCAGAGUGAAUUAGAUUAGUGGGAAUGUUUCAGAUUACAUACAGUAUUUGUGUUGGUUAACUCAACCACCUAAUAUGCAAUUUUGAUAUCUACCUCUGUGCAAUGACAAAUGUGAUGAAUUACUUCAGCAAUAAAGAAAGACAUUUUUUCAUUAACAGAUGAAGACGCUAAAACACAUUUAUAUUAAAAUAUUGAUCUUUAACAUUUUAAACGUGAAUCACAACUAAUAUUUAUUCCAAACAAAAAUAGGGAUUAUUAUGAUUUUAAAGCAAAAGUGCCAUUAAUAGUAC